AUGGACUCCUCUGCUUCAAACAGCGGAAACCGUAAGCAGAGCAUCAUUAACAUUCCUGACAGGAUGGAGUCCUGCUACGAGCGCAAAGCGGACAAAGGCGGAUACGGAGGCUCGCAGGGCGGCGUGACGGUGACGUCGCUCAAGUCUCGCCUGGCGCCGACCAUCCAGACCGCCAUGUCCGCCGCCGUGGACACCCUGCUGGGCGAAGUGGUGCUGGUGCUCAACGAGACCCAGCAGGAGCUGCUGAAUAAGGAGCAGGAGAACGAGAGGCUCAAGGUGCGGCUGGAGGUGUCCGAGAGGGAGCUGAAGACUCUGCAGGAGUGUCUGUGCAGCGCCCAAAAGCUCAUAGACCAGCUCCAGGUGUCCUACACCGGCCCCCAGGCCGUCAGCCAGUCCGUGUUCGCCCCAUCGCUGACCUCCAUGGCCUCCAUGACUCCGGGCUUGGACCGGGAUCACCAGAACGGCAGGAAUGUGAAUGGCUCGGGGGUGGACUUGGGGCUGGGGGGCUCUGUGGAGGAAUCGCUUCACGGAUUUGAGCCAAGAGAUGACUAUAAAAUGUGCCAGCUUUCAAUCCAGCCCGAUGGCUCUGUGACCAACCACGCGCUGGACUCCUUUGCGUCCAGUACACCUCAUAUGUGCCCCGAUUCCAGCAGACCAGAUGACCGGCAACCCCCAGGACCAGGUGGAGCUCCCAGAUUUGAAAUUAAAGAGGAGCAGGGACAGGGUAUAGGCGCUGGUCCGGCCAGCCGGAAGGAACCGAGGAUACGGAACGACGGUCAAGUCGGGGAUGGUGACGGGUCAUCCCAUAAUGUAGCGGACAUUGGUUUUGGACAGUGUGGAGGGGAAGGAGGCUCCCAGCGUUCCUUCUCUCAGCCGCUGCGUCACCAGAGAGCUGUGCGGGACUGCGCUGGAGGCCUGCAGCAGGGUGCACUAGAGGCCCAGAAAGCUUUGGCCAGGACUCCGGGAGCAGGCCGAGGGGGCACGGUCUCGCCAGGCAGAGCGGACGACUCUGCGGGGCCCUCCGUCCCCGACACGGCGGCCGAGCCCUCCGCCGACCGCCCGCACCACUGCCUGGAGUGCGGAAAGACCUUCCGGCUGAUCUCCAGCCUGAAGAAGCACAUCCGCAUCCACACGGGGGAGAAGCCCUACCCGUGCGGGGUGUGUGGCCGGCGCUUCCGGGAGUCCGGGGCGCUCAAAACGCACCUGCGCAUCCACACCGGCGAGAAGCCCUACUCCUGCUCCGAGUGCGGGAACUGCUUCCGCCACCUGGACGGCCUGCGCAAGCACCGGCGCACGCACACGGGCGAGAAGCCCUACGUGUGCGCCAUCUGCGGCAAGCGGCUGAGCCGCCUGCAGCACCUCAAGCACCACCAGCUCAUCCACACCGGGGAGAGGCCCUGCUGCUGCCCCUUCUGCAACCGCACCUUCAAAGAGCCCGCCGCGCUGCGCAAGCACGUCCGCACCCACCGCGAGGAGGCCGGCCACAUGGCCAUCGGCCCCAGCGAAGAGACCGACCCGGACGCACUGGACGACAUCAACAACCUGCACCCCGCCGCGCCCUCUCCUCAGAUGAGGUUCGGGGAGUGGGGGCCGGAGGAGGAGGACAGCUCGGUUGUAAACUGUGUGUAG